UGACGUAAUUUGGUAAACUCAUUAUCCGUCUCGCUCAUAAUCCUUUUUAGUCCCUGUUUUCCUGUCGGUGUAAAAUGUCGAAAAACUACAAAUCGAGUGUAAAGGCGGACACCGAUGAUGUCGAGAUCAAAAGCAAAUUCGACGCCGAGUUUCGACGCUUCAGCGUGAACAGAAACGAGUCGCAGAGCUACGAAGCCUUCAGAGCCCUGCUGGAGAAACUUCACGCCCUUGGGACGGAACCCUUCCUCAUCAGCUACACAGACCCCAGGGACGGCGACCUUCUGCCCAUUAACAACGACGAGAACUACGGGCGAGCGUUGAAAAGUGCGAGACCCCUGUUGAGGGUGUUGGUGCAGCGCAAGGGCGAGUCUCUCGAAGAGUUCAACGGCUACGGCACCAACAAACCCAAAAACCUCAUUUCCCACCUGUUGGGCACUCCAAAACCGAGGGCCCACCACCUUGCGAUAUCGAACCCCCACGAUUUUAGACAGGUUUCACAAAUUAUCGAUGUCGACGUAGUCCCUGAUACGUGCAGAAGAGUGCGACUUUUGAAACACGGCUCGGACAAACCGCUGGGCUUCUACAUCCGCGACGGCACCUCCGUGCGAGUGACCCCUUCCGGCUUGGAGAAGGUGCCAGGAAUCUUCAUCUCAAGACUGGUGCCGGGCGGCUUGGCGGAGAGCACGGGUCUCUUGGCGGUCAACGACGAGGUGCUCGAGGUCAACGGCAUCGAGGUCAGCGGAAAGACUUUGGACCAGGUCACGGACAUGAUGGUGGCCAACAGCAGCAACCUGAUCAUCACGGUGAAGCCGGCAAACCAGCCGAGGCCGCAGACGGUGCUGCCGAGGCGAGGCUCCUUCUCUCGCACGUCGCAGCUGUCCUCCGACUCGGCGCACUCGGUGGCCACCGAGUCGGACAACGACCCGUUCGACCAGGACGAAAUCGUCGACCUCACGGGCAUGGUGCAGGACGAGUCGAAAAGCAACGCCACCGCCGACGACAGUGCCGUCAUGCACCUGUGAGACAGAACUCUGCAGGGCGCCCGUGAGCUUCCCUGAUUCACGCAUUCCAGACUGUAUAAUGGUUUUAAUUUUUAGACAAGACUCGUGUAUUAUUGUCACGUUUAUAUGAGUAUAUUUUGAGUACCAAUGAAAACGGCGCAGCUUGCGAAAGCACCUAUUCUCAGCCGGCAAUAUCAAAAUGAAUAAACAAUCAAUCGAUCGGUGUAGUAGUGCUAUCCGACAAUAUCAUUGUGAACGCUUUAAGCAAUAUUUUUCGCCUAAGACUAUUAUUGUAACUAUACGGAGCUAAUAGAUUAAUUUUAAUAAGAAAAA